AUUUGUUUCAAACAGCAUUCACCAUGCCUGGCAAAGUGUCCAAACGCAAGGCGGAUGCUGCCAAGCGCAGCAAACGUCCACCUCCGCCCCUGCGUAUCGGGAUUCCAACGCCUAGCAGUGACGACGUUCAUCUCUCUGGUACCGGCUGGCGCCAUAGAGUUCGUCGUUGGCCAACUAGUGCAGUGUCCAACAAAUCUCACAAGUUGGUCCUUCCGGGUGGGAUUCCUGACAAGAAAUUCGUCCUACUUGUUGGGGACUCCCACUUGAGGUCCGUGGCAGACGGCAUAGUCCCUAUGCCGGUUGGCGGCCUCGCUUUUGGAGUGAUGUCCACUCCAGGAGCUUGUGCAGAUCUUCUGCGCCUUGAGGUUUCACAGGCUGUGUUACCUCGGGAGCCUGAUGCUGUUUGCGUCAUGGCUCCUUCUAACAACCUUACGGCCAGCAGAACAGUUGAAGAGGCAGGGGAUGCUUUUGAGCGGUACCUUUUGGCUAUUCUCAGUCGCUGGCCUAAGGUUUUCUGUACCGCCAUGAUUCCCCGUUUAGUUGGAUCCUGGGAGCGUCAAGACCUGUUUCAGCAGGAGUACCACCGCAGAUCGGCUAAGCUACGUGUAAGUUACGUGCCGAUCCACGAUGACCUACCCAGGUACCGUCGCGAACUGUGGUGCCGUGAUGGUAUCCACCUCAGUGAUGACCACGGGAUGCCUAUACUCACGCAACUGAUGUGGAAUGCUUCCUAUCAGUUCUUGGAGACACCCGCACCAAAGCCACUGGUGCAGCACCAGGUGUCUCGUCCGCUGAAAGCGAGUAUUGUGCCCCGUGUGGUUGUGAAGGGUGUGGAACGCAUUCCACCUCCACGCCCUUCCGAAUGGACGUUCGUGAGACCUAGCGGGAAGAGGAACCAUUCAGGGGAAUUUGAAAAGGCUUCUAAUUCCCCCAAGAAACGAGUGGUUCUUUCUGAGACUGAUGACACUUCAGUGGCCUUGAAGGAGUGUUUCAUCCCCCUGAAUCCCGUUAGGUUCUCACCUACAAUUCUGGCUGCCAUGGACACGCUAGCUCCAUCGGCUCUUGGUGAUGUCCCCACAGACAUCCAGACUACGUCUGUGGGACAUCGCAAGAAGCCUGCUGUCUUGAAGCCCAGGCCAGUAAAGCAGCGGUUCUUGGAGACAUCCUCACCAAAGCCACUGGUGCUGCGCCAGGUGUCUCAUCCAGUUACGGCAAGUAAUGUGCCACGCGUUGUUGCGAAGGUUGUGGAAACCAUUACACCUCCACCCCCUUCCCAAUGGACACCCGUGAGACCUGAUGGGAUGAGGAACCAUUCAGGGGAGUCUGAACACGCUUCUGAUUCCCCCAAGAAAGGAGUGGUUCUUGGUGAAAUUGGCACUCCAGUGGCUGUAAAGGAGUGUUCCAUCCCACAGUUCUCACCUGACAAUGUGGUUGCCAUGGACACACUUGCUCCAUCGGCUGGUUCAGAUGGUCCCACAGACAUACAGACUACGUCUGUGCGACAUUUUAAGAAAGCAGCUAGGCGUGUCCAGCAGGAGGUUGAUUCAUUAAAUUAUCUGGCAUACAAAUACAUUGUGGUGUUAUUUUUGUUAACUGUUGUUGUUCUUGAAUUAUAGGUUGC